UGGGGCGGCGUGGGGCAGGGAGUAGGAAUGUUUAUGCUUUGGGGACCUUUGCUCUGUUUGGGGCUUGCGCCGGCAGAGGAACAGUCGAGCCCACGGAAUCGGCCCGGGGAGCCUGCGGGGACGUGGUUUUCCCGUUGGGCGGAGCCCGAGGGCGGACACGGAGAUUUUCUUACGGACCCUUAGCCGGCGGCCCUCUCAGAACCAGUAGAAGGGAUAAAUGGUGUUUUUGAGUCCAUGUCCUACCACUACUACUGUUAGUCUAAGGAUUUGCUGAUUGUCCCUGUAGAUUCCUGGAGUGCCUCCAAGGGAUAGGGGAAUGGAUAGUGUCUUUGAUUCCUUCUUCACUAUCAGGAUUUAGUGUCAGAACCUAGAUGGCCAGACUUAUUGCUGGAUCACCCUCCGCUUCCUUUGCACUUAGUAUGACACUGUAAUUUAUAAUGUAUCUACGUUUCUUUCUUUUUUAAAAUUUAUUUAUUUAUUUGAGAGAGAGCACAAGCAGGGGAAGGGGCAGAGGGAGAGAGGAGCAGACUCCCCACUGAGCAGGGAGCCCGAUGCGGGGCCCGGUCCCAGGACCCCAGGAUCAUUACCUGAGCCGAAAGCAGACGCUUAACCGACUGAGCCACCCACGCAUCCCUGUGUCUGCGUUUCUUAAGUCUUUGGUUCUUGGUGGCUUUAGAUAGGACUUUCAAGUUCCUCCUUUGGGUUCUCAUAGUGUAUUGUUUAGGAUGUUAAAGCUCAAACCACAGUGUAUUAUAGUUGUUUAUCUGUCCUCUCUCAGUAGUUUAUGAGCAAGGCCUGCAUUUUAUUCAUUUUGGAUUUCUUCCUCGUCCAGAGACGACCACAGUGCCUGUCAUGGAAGAGACUCAUAAGUAUUGAAAAAAAUAAAUGAGUUAACAGUUGAUGGUAGGUUGGAUGGAAUUUGUGGUUUUCAUUUCAUAGAGAGGAGAGUUAAAUGAUUUGCUUAAGAGAAACUUGGAGACAAAACCAGGAUUAGAAGUGGAUUUAGACACCCAGACUGUGUCUCUUGCUAUCAGAUUAGGUUUGAAACUGGAACGCUGCGAAUAAAGCCUUGUCAUUCUUUUUUUGUACCCUGCAGCCUUGCUAUCUUCAGCACAGGUCUCUAAAGAUCAAAGGUAGGCUCAGCCUAAGACUUGAGAGAGAUCCCAGAGCUGGAGCAGCCAGUCCACUAACAUUGGCACUACAUGGGGAUGUGCAAAGCAAGGGCCCCGGAGGCUAGGGUCCGAGAACAGGUUGAUGGAUCAAGCUGUUCUGUCAACCCUGAGGUCCCAUGAAGGAGAAGAACCCUGGUCCCUGCCCCAUGGGAGGCCCAGACAUGAUGGAAACACACCCAGAGGCUGGCAAACCCUCAGAAACAACUGGAGUGCAAAGUGGGCAGCUGAGCCUUGAGUGAACUCCGGCUGUAGAAAUGGAGAGGAGUCCAUCGGGAAAGACUCCUUGGUAGAAGGUCGUUUUAAAGAGGAUUGAGAAAGGUGGCAGCGACGUGGCUGUGCCCCACGCUUAUCCACUGGAGCCCCUCCAUGAGCCUGCCAGUGCCCUGAUGGAGCCCCAGCCUUGCCCUCCAAGCGUGGCUGAGGGCUUCCUGGAGGAGGAGCUGCGGCUCAAUGCUGAACUGAGCCAGCUGCAGUUCUCAGAGCCUGUGGGCAUCAUCUACAAUCCUGUGGAGUAUGCGUGGGAGCCGCACCGCAGCUAUGUGACCCGCUACUGCCGAGGCCCCAAGGAAGUGCUCUUCCUGGGCAUGAACCCCGGGCCCUUUGGCAUGGCCCAGACUGGGGUGCCCUUUGGGGAAGUGAGCGUAGUCCGGGACUGGUUGGGCAUUGGGGGACCUGUGUUGACCCCACCCCAAGAGCACCCGAAGCGACCAGUGCUGGGACUGGAGUGCCCUCAGUCGGAGGUGAGCGGUGCCCGGUUCUGGGGCUUUUUCCGGAACCUCUGUGGACAGCCCGAGGUCUUCUUCCGUCACUGUUUUGUCCACAAUCUGUGUCCUUUGCUCUUCUUGACUCCCAGUGGGCGCAACGUCACUCCCGCCGAGCUACCUGCCAGGCAGCGAGAACAGCUUCUUAGGGCCUGUGACGCGGCCCUCUGCAGGCAGGUGCAGCUGCUGGGGGUGCAGCUGGUGGUGGGAGUGGGGCGCCUGGCGGAGCAGCGGGCGCGGCGGGCUCUGGCAGGCCUGACGCCUGAGGUCCAGGUGGAGGGGCUUUUGCACCCCUCACCUCGGAGCCCACAGGCCAACAGGGGCUGGGAGGCAGCGGCCAAGGAGAGACUGAAUGAGCUGGGGCUGCUGCCGCUGCUAACGAAAUGAGGGCCCCUGUGGCCCGGCACAGGGCAUGUUCAAGGCCCCCAAGUCAUCCCGGGGCAAGCAGAGGACUACACGCCCCCUGGCCUGGAGCCACAGGGGCCUUCUGGGCUCCCUGGUUGCCGGGGCCUGCCGUGGCAGGUCUGACACUAGUCCGCUGGCUGCAUUCUUCCCCUUCCUUUGAGCACGGCCCCUGCUCCUGUGGUAGCUAAGGCCACAGAGACGGGGCGUCUGCCAACUGCACUACCUCACUGUUGGCGCCAGGGCCUCUGCUCAGCUGAGACGGGCCCGAACUGUGACUUCUGGGGCCGUAUUUGCUGUGUUAGAGGAAAGAUCCUGCCAGGACCCCCACCCAUCCUCCUAGAACAGCUUCCUGCAAGCUGAGCCUUUUCCUCACAGGGACCAGGACAAAGCGAAGGCUGUGGAUGUUAAGAGUGAACUUCUUAUGGGAGACUGAGGCUGGAUCAGAGAAAGAAUUCAGUGUGGCAGAGUGCGGAAGACCAGAAGACCUGGCUUUCUUCAUCUCGGCUUUGAGGCUUCAUGGCUUUGUGAACUUUAUGACUUUGGACAGAUUUGAUGGACCCCUCCAAGCCUCAGGAUCCUCAUCUGUAAAACGGGGAUCCCUACCUCAUGGGGUUGGGGUGGGGAUUAAGUGAGAGAACACUUGGAAGUGCCUUGCGUCCUGCCUGGCGGGUGCUCCUUAUCCUUCUUGCUUUUUUGCCUCUUGGUUGGGGCGUCACUGUACCACACUACAAAAGGAGUGCCCCCACUCCAGGACCUUGCUGGGUGAGGGGCAGAUCCUUGCCCUGCCAGAGGUGGACCAGUAA